GGGCGGUGCCGCCCGGCCUGGCGGGCGAUGUGGCGGCGGCGGGCGCGGGCCGGGGGCCGCGGGGGCCCGGCGGCUCUCCCGCCGCUCCUGCUGCUUUUCCUGCUGCUCCGAGUGCCCGCGGUGCGGCCCGGCCGCCUCUACUCGGCCUCUGACCCCCUGGAGCUGCUGGGGCCGGGGGCGGAGGGGCGGCUGCUGGGCUCCAGCAGCGCCUGGGCCGUCGAGUUCUUCGCCUCCUGGUGCGGGCACUGCAUCCACUUCGCGCCCACAUGGCGGGCCCUGGCCCACGACAUCCGCGAGUGGAGGCCUGCAGUGAUCCUGGCAGCCAUCGACUGUGCUGACGAGGAAAACCAGCAAGUGUGCUCCGAUUUCGGGAUAACCGGCUUCCCCACCAUGAAGUUCUUCAGAGCUUUUAGCAAGAAGCCAGAGGAUGGGAUAAGGAUUACCAAUCCCAGUGCCACUGUCGAGGAGCUGCGCCAUGCCAUCAUCACCAACCUUGAGAAGAGCCAGGAUGCCUGGCCGCCUGCCUGUCCUCCGCUGGAGCCAGCAAGCGCCGAGGAGGUUCGCACCUUCUUCCAGAGGAACAAGGACCAGUACUUGGCACUCAUCUUUGAGAAGAGCAACUCCUUUGUGGGCAGAGAGGUGACCCUGGACAUGCUGCAGUAUGAGAACAUCGCAGUGAGGAGGGUGCUGAGCAGCGAGGAGGAGCUCGUGGAGAAGUUCGGCGUCACCUCCUUCCCCUCUGGAUACCUGCUCCUCCGCAAUGGCUCCUUCUCCCGCCUGCCUGUGCACGUGGAGGCGCGCUCCUUCUACACCUACUACCUGCGCACGCUCAUGGGCAUCACCCGCGGCUCCUACAAGCUGAACGCCACGGCCAGCACCUUCAACGAGACCGACGGCGUGUCACAUCCUCUGCGAGCCGACCGCUCCAAGCUGUACAUGGCCGACCUGGAGUCCACGCUGCACUACUCGCUGCGGGUGGAGGCUGUCCGUGCCUCCUCGCUGUCGGGAGCACAGCUGGCUGCCUUCAAGUGCUACGUGGCCACGCUGGUGAAGUACUUCCCAGGGCGCCCCUGCGUGCAGACCUACCUGCAGACCCUGGAUGCCUGGCUGAGGAACUGGACAGAGCCCGAGCUGCCCCGCACAGUUUUGAAGGAGGCCAUGAAGAAUAACAGAGAUGCCUCCCACCCCUCCGUGCUCCCCACCAACGUGACCUGGGUGGGCUGCCAGGGCAGUGAACGCCACUUCCGUGGUUACCCCUGUGGGCUCUGGACCAUCUUCCAUCUGCUGACUGUCCAGGCUGCCCAGAAUGGCCCUGACAAAGAGUUACCCCUGGAGGUGCUGAGCACCAUGCGCUGCUACGUCCGGCACUUCUUCGGCUGCCAGGAGUGCGCUGAGCACUUUGAGGCCAUGGCAGCCAAGUCCAUGGACAAGGUGGCAAGCAGGGAGGAGGCCAUCCUCUGGCUCUGGUCCCACCACAACGAGGUCAACGCUCGCCUGGCAGGAGGUGACACGGAGGACCCCAAGUUCCCCAAGCUGCAGUGGCCUCCGCCAGACUUGUGUCCCCAGUGCCACAAGGAGGAGCGGGGGGUCCAUGCCUGGGAGGAGCCGGCCGUGGUCACGUUCCUCAAGGCACACUUCUCCCCGGCCAACAUCUACAUGGACUUCGCCGAGCCCGACCCCAUCCCCGCGGCCAGGGAAGGGCUGGGAGCCAGGCUGGGCACGGAGGGCCCGCGAGAGGAGAGGGGGAGAGGAGAAGAGGAGGAAAAGGAGCCAGAGGGAGAGGCGAGAAUCCCGGGGCGCCCGGGCUCCCCAGAGCCGCGGCGCCCCAGCAUCGUGCGGCUGAACCCCAAAUUGCGGGAGGGGGGCGAGGACAUCGUGGACCUGGAUUCCUUCAGCGAGCAGCACUUCAAGAGCCAGGCGCUGCGAGCGGCCGCGGGCCGGCGUCGGCGCAUCAGCAAGCGGGACACCAUGGCCCUGCCCCGCGAUGGCCCGGCGGGCAGGGAGCGCCGGCGGGCCCCCGGCGUCCUGCUCCGGGAGGAGGAGGAUGUUGGGGAGGGCCUGCGGAGGAGCCCGUGGCUGCGGGUGCUUGGAUUGGGCUUCUCCCGCCUGGACAUCAGCCUCUGCGUGGCUCUCUACUUCCUCUCCUCCAUGUGCCUCCUGGGCAUGUACACCUUCUUCCGCCUCCGCACCCGCGCUCGGAAAGGCCGCCCCGGCUUCCCCAUGGCCUGAGAAGGGUUGGGGGGCCUGGGAGUUUUUCCCGGGGCUGGGUGGGCUGCUAAGGCAGGACACCCCUGGGACAGCGUUUUGUCCCACAGCGGGCAGGGAUCUGGCACAUCCCCCCCCUCCCCCCGCCAGGGUAGGGGGGUUGAGGGCUGUUUUUGGGAGGAAGGAGGUGUCAGAGCAUCCCCCUCUCGAGUCAUAGUGCCAUGUUUCUGGGUGUGUGGGAGCCGGGACAUGAACGGUGGUUUGUGUUUUGGCACCCAGCUGCCCUCGGAAGCUCCCUGGCUCGGGGCUGGUUUCAAACUGGGAAGCCCAGUCCUGGGCUGGAGGGCAGCCCAUUGGGAUCCAACCACUAGUGGGGCCAGGAGUGUGGAGGUUUAGCCCCCCCCCCCUAAACAGCAGCCAGUGCUGGGUGGGGGCAGCACUCAUGAGUUCAGAUGCAUUUUCUGUUCUCUCUCUUUGAGAUGUGGCCCAGGGCCUCCCCACCUGUCUUUGUCCCUUCUCCAUGCUCUUGUUCGUUCUCUGCUUGUCUUAGUGGAAUAAAUUAUUUUUGCCGAUGCCUGCCCUGCUGUUUUGGCUGGUCCCUGCCACGUGGGCAUGCUGGACUACCACACCCCAUUCCUGAUGUCCCUGUUCCUGCCUCCACCCCACCCUGAGAAGAGCACUUAGUUUAAAAAUCCUUUCAAUAUUUUUUUUAUCACUAUUGUAUGUUUUCUCCUGCCUUUUGCUUGGGGAUGAUGUACCUUUGGGCAGCUGCCCCCCUGUACAGCUGGUACAUCCCCAGGCCUGGGAUGGCUCCUGGUUUCUCCUCAAGCAGGGGGAGGCAGAGGAAGUAUUUGGGGGCCAGGAAGCUGCUGGAAAAAAAAGUUGGCACGAGCUGUGGAGCUUCAGUUCAGUGCUGACCAUGCCCGUGGUCCGGAGCAGGGAGACACACGGCAGCAUCCCUCGGGACCAGGACUUCCGUGGGUGUGGGCCCCCUGUGCCUGUCCCCGAUUCUCGCUGCCCUUUUAUCCUUGUUAGGAAUCAUUAAGGAAAAUGGUUGUUUUCCAGAGCCAGGCCCGGGGCCAUCUGCUCUCCCAGCGCUGUCUAAAUCCCCCUGUAACAAAUUCAUUGGGAUUACGCUGUCCUCCCCUAAUCCUGGCCCAUCCCCCCGCGUGGGGGAUUUAAAAGGAUUAGAGCCCGGCCGAUAAUAAACUUUAUUAAGGGGGAGGGGGGGUGUCAAUCCGAUUUGGAGCCUUUUUCUUGAUAUCUUCACUUUGCCCAGGUGGGAGGCAAGGGCUGGGCGGGGAGGAGGGUGCUCAGCUCUGCUGCUGCUCUGGCUCCUCCAGCCCUUCCUCCCUUACCUGCCCGUGAAAUAAAUUGUCUCUCUC